ACGUAAACAGCUAUUGCCUAAUGGGAAACGACUUUCACGUUCAACACAAUAUAAGAACUGCGCGAACCAUUCUUUCAUUAAGACUGAAACAUCCAAAUUAAAAGUGUUACUAUAUAAUUAUUUAUUACAAUCUUAUCUAUGAAUAAACUACAUUUUUAUAAUUUGAAGCAGAAAAUAUACGUUUGGAAUUAGUUUUAAUAUUUUACUUAAUAGCGUUUUAUUUGAUAUAUCGUACUCGUGACAAUUAACGGAAUUAGUAAAGGAUAAUACUUAAUAGGAUGAAAACCAUAAACCUUUUGGCAAUCAUUCAUGUUUUAUCAGCAUCCAGCGGAGUUGUUUAUUCUAUGAUUAAAACAGGACAGAUAACUCAAAAGUCCCAUCCAAUGUUGACAUCUUUGUUCAAUCUUGCCGAUGAUAUUCGUAAACACCAGACGACGCAAACAGCAAAACAUAAAUGUGACGCCAAUUCAGGAGAUCCAACCAAUAGAAAGGGAUUGACGCGUGACGCCAAUUCAGGAAAUUCAACUAAUAGAAAGGGAGUCGCAAAGUCUAACCCGCAACAAAUCAAACAAGACGAAAUAUUUGUUCCUGUAAAAAAUCCUGUAACGGAUACGCCAAUAGACACAUCACAUAAUUUCGAUAUUGGUAACAUGCUUUUUCUAAACAUGGGAAAAGGAAUGACGGAUCCGGAUGUCCUUCAUACAGUCAAAACGAAUACUAAAUCGGAUAUGUGUAGUCAAUGUCGGCAAAGACGGGAUGCAAAGUGUGUGGCAAUACAUUGUCGGAAUGAUGAAAUCUCGAGUGUUCCUUCUGGAAAAGGACCAAUACAUCUAAAGUCACAGCCUGCUGCUGAUACAUUACCAGUGUUUUCUGGCAAAGUUAAUGUUAGGAAUCGCCUGGACAAGCCUGGCAUACUACAAUUAAAGAACGUUAACUCACCACCGGGGCAGAAUGUCCUUGGUAUUUUCAGUUUAGAUAGGCUUUCAUUAAAUCCAAGAAAAACAGGCAAGGUCACUGCCGAUCCGAUAUGGUUAUUACCUGAUGAGCUGUUUGAUACAUUGCGUAACUUACCACUGAACAGGGUGCCGAAUAAGGAAGGCAGAAUAGAAUUAGUACAAGAAUCCAUUUCGAAGAAAAUGAGGCCUGCGGAUAAAACGAAAAGCGCAGUCGCUAUUAAUAGUGAUCCAGCAUUAAAUAUGCAUUUGAGGGAAAUAAACGUAAUUGGUCCUAUUGUGAAUCGGAGAAUUAUGUUCCCAGCUAGAAACGUAGGUAGUACUGUUCCUUCUGUAGAUCAACAGACUGACAAAACAAUACACUGGAAAGAAGGACUUGUAGAUCAUGUUCAUAAUCGACCAUUAGAGGUACCCACUAACACUUUAAUGCAGUUAGUAAAAAACGAUGAACUGCCUUUAUUGCCGAGUGCACGUAAGACAAACAAUCUAGGAAAUUCAAACAUAUUGCAUGAAUAUAAUUCUGUCAAAUUUGCAGAUACGGAUACCAAAAAUGUCAAAAACAAUGGAACCAGUCGAAAGCCUCUAAAUACAGAUCGUCAUAAUAACGUAAAUAAAUCUACCUCAAUGUCUGAUGUACAGACCGUUAGUGACAAAGUUCCAGAUGUGACAAAUGGACAAAUCCCUAUGAACAGACUUACACUUGUUGUCAAAAACAUAGGUAACACAGAACAGAUAGCAGUUCAUAUGGGAGAUGGACCAAUACCUACUGGUAUGAGACUCUUUGAAACUAGAGGGCAAUAUUCCAUUUCUAAACAGGCAAAUGUGCAACCAACAGCUCAAGAUAACCAACUUUUACCUGAGCAGUCUCAUCAAACUAUGAAUCAUAAACAUUCACCAGAGAACAUUCACAAAAGUAUGAAUCACCAAAGUUUAUCAGAGCAUUCUAAUCAAACUACGAAUCAUCAACAUUCACCAGAGAAUUUUCAUAAAAGUAUGAAUCACCAAAGUUUAUCAGAGCAUUCUAAUCAAGCUUUAAAUCAUCAACAUUCACCACAGAAUUUUCAUAAAAGUAUGAAUCACCAAAGUUUAUCAGAGCAUUCUAAUCAAGCUUUAAAUCAUCAACAUUCACCACAGAAUUUUCAUAAAAGUAUGAAUCACCAAAGUUUAUCAGAGCAUUCUAAUCAAACUAUGAAUCAUCAACAUUCACCAGGGAAUGUUCAUAAAAGUAUGAAUCACCAAAAUUUAUCAGAGCAUUCUAACCAAACUAUGAAUCAUCAACAUUCACCAGAGAAUUUUCAUAAAAGUAUGAAUCACCAAAGUUUAUCAGAUCAUUCUAAUCAAACUAUGAAUCAUAAACAUUCACGAGAGAAUUAUCAUAAAAGUAUGAAGCAACAAAGUUUAUCAGAACAUUCUAAUCACACUACGAACCAUCAACAUUCACCAGAGAAUUUGGAUAAAAGUAUGAAUAACCAAAAUUUAUCAGAGCAUUCCAAUGAAACUAUGAAUCAUCAACAUUCACCAGAGAAUUUUGAUAAAAGUAUGAAUCACCAAAGUUUAUCAGAGUAUUCUAACCAAACUGUGAACCAUCAACAUUCACCAGAGGAUUUUCAUAAAAGUAGGAAUCACCAAAGUUUAUCAGAUCAUUCUAACCAAACUAUGAAUCAUAAACAUUCACCAGAGAAUUAUCAUAAAAGUAUGAAUCACCAAAGUUUAUCAGAGCAUUCUAGUCCAACUAUGAAUCAUCAACAUUCACCAGAGAAUUUUGAUAAAAGUAAGAAUCACCAAAGUUUAUCAGAGCAUUCUAGUCCAACUAUGAAUCAUCAAUAUUCACCAGAUAAUUUUCAUAGAAGUAUGAAUCACCAAAGUUUAUCAGAGCAGUCUAAUCAAACUAUGAAUCAUCAACAUUCACCAGAGAAUUUUGAUAAAAGUAUGAAUCACCAAAAUUUAUCAGAGCAUUCUAGUCCAACUAUGAAUCAUCAACAUUCACCAGAGAAUUUUCAUAAAAGUAUGAAUCACCAAGGUUUAUCAGGACAUUCUAGUCAAACUAUGAAUCAUCAACAUUCACCAGAGAAAGAUCACAAAAGUAUGAAUCACCAAAGUUUAUCAGAACAUUCUAAUCAAACUAUGAAUCAUCAACAUUAACCAGAGAAUUGUCAUAAAAGUAUGAAUCACCAAAGUUUAUCAGAACAUUCUAAUCACAAUGUUAACCAUCAACAUUCACCACAGAAUUUUCAUAAAAGUAUGAAUCACCAAAGUUUACCAGAUCAUUCUAACCACAAUGUGAACCAUGAACAUUCACAAGAGAAUUUUGAUAAAAGUAGGAAUCACCAAAGUUUACCAGGGCAUUCUAACCACAAUGUGAAUCAUCAACAUUCACCAGAGAAUUUUGAUAAAAGUAUGAAUCACCAAAAUUUAUCAGAGCAUUCCUAUCAAACUAUGAAUUAUCAACUUUCACCAGAGAAUUAUCAUAAAAGUAUGAAUCAGCAAAGUUUAUCAGAGCAUUCUAAUCAAACUAUGAAUCAUCAACAUUCACCAGAGAAUUUUCAUAAAAGUAUGAAUCACCAAACUUUAUCAGAACAUUCUAGUCAAGCUUUAAAUCAUCAACAUUCACCACAGAAUUUUCAUAAAGCUAUGAAUCACCAACGUUUAUCAGAGUAUUCUAGUCAAACUAUGAAUCAUCAACAUUCACCAGAGAAUUUUCAUAAAAGUAGGAAUCACCAAAGUUUAUCAGAGCAUUCUAGUCCAACUAUGAAUCAUCAACAUUCACCAGAGAAUUUUCAUAAAAGUAUGAAUCACCAAAGUUUAUCAGAGCAUUCUAGUCAAACUAUGAAUCAUCAACAUUCACAAGAGAAUUUUCAUAAAAGUAUGAAUCACCAAAAUUUAUCAGAGUAUUCUAGUCCAACUAUGAAUCAUCAACAUUCACCAGAGAAUUGUCAUAAAAGUAUGAAUCACCAAAGUUUAUCAGAGUAUUCUAGUCCAACUAUGAAUCAUCAAAGAUUAUCAGAGCAUUCUAGUCCAACUAUAAAUCAUCAACAUUCACCAGAGAAUUUUCAUAAAAAUAUGAAUCACCAAAGUUUAUCAGAACAUUCUAGUCCAACUAUGAAUCAUCAACAUUUACCAGAGAAUUUUCAUAAAAUUAUGAAUCACCAAAGUUUAUCAGAGCAUUCUUAUCACAAUGUGAACCUACAACAUUCGCCAGUAGUGAAUAUAAAUACGAUGCAAAUUAAUAGAGCACAGCAAGAUAUGAGUGUGGUGCAUAAUAGGCAUGCUAACGAUAGGAAAAGACCUGUGACCGAAACAACUUUAUAGUAUCGUCAGAUUCUCUGAUUAUUUUAUUCCUGAUAAGUUACUAGUUAUUCAAUGCCAUGUGUUUCAAACAAAACGGCUUAAUUCCGAAUCUACAUGUACAAAAAUAUUGUCUAAAAGCCGAUUGUGUCAUUUAACGUGACGAGUCAAUGUUGUGAAAACUGUAACAUUUCACUGUUCUAAUAAUCAAAUACGAUUAAAACUUCUAACCAUAAAUUUCAUAGCGUGGAUUGUGCAGCCUUUGUUUUGUUAAAAAUCACUUGGGGCUUUAAAGGAGUGCAUAUACAAUAUGAUAAAUUUGGGGCUUUAAAGGAGUGCAUAUACAAUAUGAUAAAUUUGGGGCUUUAAAGGAGUGCAUAUACUAUAUGAUAAAUUUGGGCUUUAAAAGAGUGCAUAUACAGUAUGAUAAAUUUGGGGCUUUAAAGGAGUGCAUACACAAUAUGAUAAAUUUGGGGCUUUAAAGGAGUGCAUAUACAAUAUGAUAAAUUUGGGGCUUUAAAGGAGUGCAUAUACAAUAUGAUAAAUUUGGGGCUUUAAAGGAGUGCAUAUACAAUAUGAUAAAUCAUCUUGUUUACCUUCACAAUUAAGCGUUUUUGCGUUUAAUGUGACACAUAAAAAUGUUGUUAUUCAGUCGUCUUGUGGUCACACCAUAUAUGCAGCCAUAAAGCUUUGUACAAAUUA